AUGGCUGAGAAGACCAAAGAGGAGACCCAGCUGUGGAACGGGACUGUACUCCAGGAUGCUUCACAGGGCCUCCAGGACAGCGUGUUCUCCUCUGAAAGUGACAACAGCCUCUACUUCACCUACAGUGGCCAGUCCAACACUCUGGAGGUCAGAGAUCUCACCUACCAGGUGGACAUGGCCUCUCAGGUGCCUUGGUUUGAGCAGCUGGCUCAGUUCAAGAUACCGUGGAGGUCUCGCGGCAGCCAGGACUCCUGGGAUCUGGGCAUCCGAAAUCUGAGCUUCAAAGUGAGGAGUGGACAGAUGCUGGCUAUCAUAGGGAGCGCAGGCUGCGGGAGAGCCACAUUACUCGACGUUAUCACAGGCAGAGACCAUGGUGGCAAGAUGAAAUCAGGACAAAUCUGGAUAAACGGGCAACCCAGCACGCCUCAGCUGAUACGGAAGUGUGUGGCACAUGUGCGCCAGCAAGACCAGCUGCUCCCCAACCUGACUGUCAGAGAGACCCUGACUUUCAUCGCCCAGAUGCGCCUGCCCAAGACCUUCUCUCAGGCCCAGCGAGACAAACGGGUGGAAGACGUGAUUGCGGAGCUGCGGCUGCGGCAGUGCGCCAACACCCGCGUGGGCAACACAUACGUACGUGGGGUGUCCGGGGGCGAGCGCCGAAGAGUGAGCAUCGGGGUGCAGCUCCUGUGGAACCCAGGAAUCCUCAUCCUGGAUGAACCCACUUCCGGCCUCGACAGCUUCACCGCUCACAACCUGGUGAGAACUUUGUCCCGCCUGGCCAAAGGCAACAGACUGGUGCUCAUCUCCCUCCACCAGCCUCGCUCUGACAUCUUCAGGCUAUUUGACCUGGUCCUUCUGAUGACGUCUGGCACCCCUGUCUACCUGGGGGUGGCACAGCACAUGGUGCAGUACUUUACAUCAAUUGGCUACCCUUGCCCUCGCUACAGCAACCCUGCUGACUUCUACGUGGACUUGACGAGCAUCGACAGGCGCAGCAAAGAACAGGAGGUGGCCACCAUGGAGAAGGCUCGCUCGCUUGCAGCCUUGUUCCUAGAAAAAGUGCAAGGCUUUGACGACUUUCUGUGGAAAGCUGAGGCAAAGAAGCUCAACACAGGCACCUAUGCAGUCAGCCAGACCCUCACACAGGACACCAACUGUGGAACUGCUCCUGAGCUGCCCGGGAUGAUACAGCAGUUUACCACCCUGAUCCGUCGUCAGAUUUCCAAUGACUUCCGGGACUUGCCCACCCUGUUCAUCCAUGGAGCAGAAGCCUGCCUGAUGUCUCUCAUCAUUGGCUUCCUUUACUACGGCCACGCAGACAAGCUGCUCUCCUUCGUGGACAUGGCAGCCCUCCUGUUCAUGAUAGGAGCGCUCAUUCCUUUUAAUGUCAUUCUGGAUGUCGUCUCCAAAUGUCACUCGGAGCGCUCGCUGCUGUACUAUGAACUGGAGGACGGACUGUACACUGCUGGUCCUUAUUUCUUUGCCAAGGUCCUCGGCGAGCUGCCAGAGCACUGUGCCUAUGUCAUCAUCUAUGGGAUGCCCAUCUACUGGCUGACCAACCUGCGGCCAGUGCCUGAGCUCUUCCUCCUGCACUUCAUGCUCCUGUGGCUGGUGGUCUUCUGCUGCAGGACCAUGGCCCUGGCCGCCUCUGCCAUGCUGCCCACCUUCCACAUGUCCUCCUUCUGCUGCAACGCUCUCUACAACUCCUUCUACCUUACAGCUGGCUUCAUGAUAAACUUGAACAACCUGUGGAUAGUACCUGCAUGGAUUUCCAAGAUUUCGUUUCUUCGGUGGUGCUUCUCAGGGCUGAUGCAGAUUCAGUUUAAUGGACACAUUUACACCACGCAGAUCGGCAACCUCACCUUCUCCAUCCCCGGAGACACGAUGGUCACUGCCAUGGACCUGAACUCACAUCCUCUUUACGCGAUCUACCUCAUCGUCAUUGGCAUCAGCUGUGGCUUCCUGUCCCUGUAUUAUCUGUCCUUGAAGUUCAUCAAACAGAAGUCAAUUCAAGAUUGGUGA